UAUCGAUGAAGCGUACAAAGACCACAGCAAUCAUCAAAAAUGUAAUAGGCGCCACACAGAAGAAUGAACUUGCUAGUAUACUAAAGGGUUACUGCAUAAUGUCUUUAGUUCAAAUAAUCCAUCUUCGGCAAAUGCUGAGCAUUUAUAUAAUGGGUUAUUAAAAACUUUGCAUGAUUUUAAUAUACCGUUGACAAAUAUUAUUGGUUUUGGUUCCGAUGGCUGUAAUGUUAUGAUGGGAGAGCAUAACUCAGUUGCUUCUAGACUACGAGACUCUUGCCCAGGCAUAUUUAUUAUGAAGUGUGUAUGUCACUCUGCACAUCUCUGCGUGAGUGAAGCCUGCAAAUAUUUGCCAAGGUCUUGUGAAGACUUGGCAAGAAACAUUUACAAUUUUCUUAAAAGUAGUUCCAAACAUCAAAGUGAACUUGUUCAAUUUCAAAGAUUCAUGGAUAUUGAACCCCACAAAAUCCUUCACCCAUCGCAAACACGAUGGUUAUCGCUUGGGGCUGUAGUGUCAAGACUUUUGGAGCAGUGGGAAGCAUUAAAGUUGUAUUUUACUGAUGCAUACUUGGCACAACGGUUAAUAGCAACGGUGCAAAUUUACCACAAUCUUAAUGAUCCGUUUAUGAAACUAUUCUAUUAUUUCCUUGAUUGGAUUCUUCCGAUGUUCAAUAAAUUUAAUAGUUUUUUCCAAACCAAGGAAGUUGUUGUGAAUGACUUACACGAGAUGAUAGUUGAACUGUAUACUGAAAUUCUUCAAUGUUUUCUUAAAAAAGAUUAUGUAUUUAGAACUCCGCUAAAUGACAUUAAUCCUAAAAACGGCCAAUACCAACUGAUAAAUAGCCAACUAUACUUGGGCAUAAAUGUAUUGAGACAUAAAGAAAAAGCAGAAAUUGUUAAUGAUCCAUCUCGUUUGAAAGAUUUUUAUGAAAAGUGUAGACAAUUUUUACAGUCGGCUACUGUAGAAAUAAAAAAACGAUAUAACAUGAGCGACCCUGUAUUGUCGAAGUUAAAAAUGUUAAAACCCAUCAAUGCUAUUUCAUUAAGCUUCAGAGAUGAAACACCAUCAUUAAUGCCAAGAAUUUUACCAGAGGAUAACACACAACUUAUGCAAUCUAUUGACAGCCAGUGGCGUAGACUGCCUCUUACAUUAGUUGGUUUAAAAGAUUAUAUUGAUAUCAAGUAUCCUGAUUUUUUUUGGUCAGCAGUCAAACACAUUGGUGACUAUGGAGAGUUAGCUGAUUUCGCACUUUCGGUUUUAAGUUUACCACAUGCCAACGCUGAUUGUGAAAGGGUGUUUUCAACAGUUAACUGCAUGAAGACAAAACUCAGAAAUAAGUUAAACACAGAUACCAUAAACGGGGCCCUUCAUACAAAGCAGCACAUAAAAGGUGGAAGGGAAAGUGGUAAAACGUGUGUUAACUUCCAACCAAACGAUGAAAUGUUUAGUCGAAUGACAAAAAACAUUUUAUAUCCUAAGACUAAUGACAACAAAGGUACCACUGACAAUAUUUUUAUUGCUUUAAGAUUUGAUGAUAAUGAGGAAGAAGACUAA